UGGCGACCGGAGGACCCCGACCUCCCGGAGCGCGUCGCCAGGGCCGCCGUUUACCUCGCGGGCUUGGCGUACGCCUUCCUGGGCGUGUCCAUCAUCGCCGACCGCUUUAUGGCCUCCAUCGAGGUCAUCACGUCCCAAGAGCGAGAGGUCACCGUCAAAAAGGCCAACGGGGCAAAGUUCACCGCCACCGUGCGCGUCUGGAACGAGACCGUGUCCAACCUGACGCUGAUGGCGCUGGGCUCGUCCGCCCCGGAAAUCCUGCUCUCCGUGGUGGAGGUUUGCGGUCACGGCUUUGACGCCGGCGAGCUGGGGCCCAACACCAUCGUGGGAAGCGCCGCCUUCAACAUGUUCGUCAUCAUCGGCAUCUGCGUCUACGUCAUCCCCGACGGGGAGAGCCGCAGGGUCAAGCACCCGCGGGUCUUUCUGGUCACGGCCGCCUGGAGCGUCUUCGCCUACGCGUGGCUCUACCUCAUCCUGGCCUGCUUCUCGCCGGGCGUGGUGGAGAUUUGGGAGGGGCUGCUGACGCUCUCCUUCUUUCCCGCGUGCGUCGGCUUGGCGUACGCGGCCGACCGCCGCCUCCUGUUCUGCAAGCGCGUGCGCAGGCGCUACCGAGCCGGCGAGCGCGGGGGGGUGAUCGUCGAGACCGAGGGCGAGCCCGAGCUUCCCCGCGACGACGGCCGAGCGAACUGCGGCGGCGCGGCGCCGACCGCGAUCCGAGACGCGGAUCCGAGCUCGACCGUCGCGGUUGACUUUCAGACUCGAGACGGCACCGCCAAAGCCGGUUCGGAUUUCCGCUUCGCCGAGGGAACCUCGGUGUUUGGGGCCGGCGAGGCGCGCGAGGAAAUCCGCGUCGACGUCGACGUCGACGACGACGACAUCUUUGAAGAAGAAGAAGAACGGCACUUCCCGGUCCGCUUGAGCGGCGCGAGGGUCGUUUCCGGCGGCGUCGGAGCGGCGGACGGGGACGACUCGGCGGGUCCUCCGGCUUCGCCCGGAACGGCCGCGGCCGCCGUCUUUGACGACGACCGCCCGGGCGUCUUCAGCUUCGAGGAGCCCGCGGUGACCGUGAGCGAGAGCGUCGGCGCGAUGGAAAUCCGAGUGGUCCGGACCGCCGGGGCUCGCGGAGCGGUCGCCGUGCCCUACAGGACCAUCGAGGGCACGGCCAAAGGCGGCGGCGAGGACUUUGAGGACGCUCGCGGCGUCCUGCGCUUUGACGACGACCAGAUCUGCCCGACGUUUUGGGUGGAGAUGGAUGAGCCGCGACCGCUGGAGAUGAGCCGCGGGAAGGCCGUUCCGCUUCAAGAAGUCGGUGGCUUCUCGCUGACGGUCGUUUCCCUUCCCGGUCGCCGUCUGACAGGCGAAGAGCCGCUCUACGGAAAGCUCCGACAAGAAGACCAGCGCGACCCCUCUUCUGUUCGGACCAUCUCAGGUGUCGCCUUCGUCAAAUCUCCAAACGACAUCGAGGACGACGCAGGCUGCUCCUCUGGAGCUCACGUUCAAGAAUUGAUUGAUGUACACGAUGGCGCAAUCCUGCGUGUGUGUGUGUGUGUGUGUGUGUGUCAGAAUGCGGUGGACGAGGUUCUGAAGAAGACCAGACUGGCCGUGCUGGUCGGAACGACGUCCUGGAGAGAACAAUUUGCGGAAGCCGUCACAAUCGGCGCAGGAGACGACGACGGCGGCAAGAAGCCGCCCUCCGCUCCGGACUACGCCGUCCAUUUCCUGACCGUCUUCUGGAAGCUUCUGUUCGCGCUGGUCCCGCCCGCCGACUACUGGAACGGCUGGGCGUGCUUCGCCGUCUCCAUCGCGGUCAUCGGCGUGCUGACGGCGCUCAUCGGGGACCUGGCGUCCCAUUUCGGCUGCACGGUGGGCCUGAAGGACUCGGUCACGGCCGUGGUGUUCGUGGCGUUGGGAACGUCCGUGCCAGAUACCUUCGCCAGCAAGGUGGCGGCCUGCCAAGACCAGUACGCCGACGCCUCCAUCGGCAACGUGACGGGAAGCAACGCCGUCAACGUGUUCCUGGGCAUCGGCGUGGCCUGGUCCAUCGCCGCCAUUUACCACCGCUCCCGCGACCAGGUGUUCAGGGUGGACCCGGGAACGCUGGCCUUCUCCGUCACCCUCUUCACCGUCUUCGCCUUCGUAUGCAUCGCCGUCCUCAUCUAUCGGCGCCGACCCCGCAUCGGCGGAGAACUCGGCGGACCGCCGCUCGCCAAGACGGCCACCGCCGGCCUGUUCUUCAGCCUGUGGUUGACGUAUGUCGUCUUGUCGUCGCUCGAGGCCUACUGCCACAUUCCCGGCUUCUGACGCCGCCGCCGCCUUCCCCGUUCGCCGAGCGUCAUCGCGAGCCGACUACGAGAGCGCGACUCGCGUGGAAUGACGUCGCUUUUCAAAUUGGCUCGAUGAUGAAAGCCUAAAUGGCCACGAUGGCGUGAUCCGCGUCCAACGGCGAUCUGCGACACAAGUCGAGAUCCGACCAUCGUUGCCAUUCAUCCGAUCCACGAUUUGAGGUCAUUUCUUUUCCAAAGCGAGCUUUUCGCGCACCAAUCGAUGUCAAUGGCGACCGGCAAAAAGUGGCGCCGCGCAUUUUGCUUUGCGGUCCCACAAAAUAAAGCCGAGCGUUCCGGCCCGACUCUUGUCUCGCUUGUUGGCGUGUUUCC